AUGCCGUUGCCCGCACCGGCGAAGAAGAUCGCCAAGGCGGUCCACCAGCCGGCUUCAUCAUCAAAAUCGUCGUCCGUCCUUGGCUCUCUCUUCCGCUCGCAGGACGAUAAUGGAAAAGGAGAGCUCAUUGAUCUGACGACAUGCGAUUCGGACACCGAGGAAGACUCCUUCCACUCCACGACGGGCUCGGAUCUCUACGACACGCCCGAAUCGUCCAACAGCACGGAUCGCUCGUCUCAAACGCCAGAUGUAUCCACGCCCUACUCAAACCCCGCAAAAUCAGCCUCGCUCGCCAAAGAAGGACCCACCUGGGCCCUCUUUCGCCAAGACCACGCAGACGACGGCUUGCAGGAUCGCAUCUUUUUACCCAUUCCAUUAGUGCAGCCAAACCCGGCUAUCAAGCCCGAGCCGCACGACGACGACGACGACCUCGAGGAGCCCGAAGAAGCCGUCUUCGAGCUGCAGGUAGAAGAUGUGAUCCCAGAGGCCCACGAUGAGCUGCCGACGCUGGAUGAGGAGCCCCCGGCGGUCAUCGAGGAGCCACUGGUCGCCGACGAUCUUUCGACAGGAUGCGGAACGCUGCCGAACGUAGCAGAGGAGGUGCCGGAAGCAAGAGAGGAGGUGUCGGAAGCAAGAGAGGAGGUGUUGGAAGCAAGAGAGGAGGUGACGGAAGCAAGAGAGGAGGUGCCGGAAGCAAGAGAGGAGGCACAUCAGCCAGAGCAGAGGAUGCCAGACACAGUCUUCGCAAAGGUACAAGUAGUCGAGCCGCCCUCCUCCGACAAAGCGGACUCAGCCGAAAUCGCCCAAGUCACCCCUCGCAAACGAUCUCUGCACACGGCCCCCUUCAUGGUCGUCGAGAGCCAUAUGCGCGUCAAGAUUAUGCAAAAGCAGAAAGACGGUCGUCUCGCUGUUCCAUGGGGUGUUCAGUACUACCUCGCUUCGCUUGCAUCGCUCGACUACGUUAGCCUGGACGAGCUCAACCCAGCGAAGGGAACCGACGCUCUCCGCUCGAACUCCAACCUUGCAUCGAUCCGUGCUCUCUUCGAUCCGGCCAACCAGCAGCUGCUUUGGGAAUCCCACAACGACAUGGUCAUCACAGCUCGCCGCGCCACCGAUCGCGAACUCAGCGUGUACGAGGAGCUGGACAGAGAGAGCGAGAUCCUCGCCGACGAUCCACUCAACGGCGUCAUCGGCCCACCCGGCGAGGAGAUGCGAUCCUACGGCGGUCGAGUCAUCUUCGAAGGGCGUCUCAUCUGCACUCAGGUAGACGAGAAGACACGCGGCGGCAAGAACAGCAAGCACCGUCGCAUCAGCGUCCAGCUCUUUCCACCCAAGCUGGGCGGCUCUUGCCGCUUCUCACGACGAUUCGGUAGCGAAAGCAUCGUGCGGCUCAAGAUGGAUCCGGCCAUGGCCAAGGACGCGCGGCGCUUUCCGAAUCAUCCAAAGCAUCAAGAGAUCCAGCAGGAGAUCCUGCACCUCUUCCAGCGACCUAUUCAAAUCCUCGGCCGCUACUAUCGUCCCUUUUUCUGCAAAGAAGAGACCAUCUUUUACCUCUGGGUCGACUCGGUGCACGUUUGCUCCGAUCGACCCAAGCUCAACUGUAUCUGGGACCUCGUCGAUCACCACGGCCCCUUUGCCGAGAACAGCGGCUCGCAGCUGGGCAAAUACAUCCAGCGCAUGCAGCUCGGCCUCUCGACUUCGCUACCAGCGUCUAUCAUCGACACGAUCACCUACAUUCCCGAUAUCUUCGGCGAUCCGGAUCCUGUCACGGGUAAGCCGCAAGAGAUGACGGACGGUGCCGGCAUCGCAUCGCUCGCAGUCUUCAAGGACAUAACCAAGCAUCUCGGCUACGGCUCGAUCCCCGCCGCCUUCCAAGGCCGAAUCGCUGGCGCAAAGGGCGUAUGGACUCUCGACCCCGCCGCCGGAGUCGCUCUUCAUGGCGACGAAGCAAAGCGCUGGGUUCAAGUUCGCGACUCGCAGAAAAAGUUGCAGUACCCUGCCGACAAGCCGCUCGACCUGAGUCAGACCGUCGUCGAUUUGCUCGGGCCCUCCCGCACCUUUGCUCCCUCGACUCUGUCGCGGCAGAUCAUCCUCGUCAUGCAGAGUAACGGGGUGCCCAUCGACACGUUUGCGGACAUGCAGCGCUCGCAGUUGCAAGCAAUCGCCAACGAAAUCUCGAACUGGGAAGAGAAGGAUCUGGACACGGAUCGAAUGCGCUUGCUCACGGUCGUCGACCGAUACUGCAAGGUGGAGGCCACCAAGGCAAAGCGGAGCACACAGGCAGCCGAGCAUCGCGCUCAGGGCAUGGCCAAUGAGAUCCGCGGCGACAGCACCACCGACCGGGAUCCCUAUCUCGGCGACGACGAUCGCGAAAUUUUCUUUGGCCCCGACGGCCGUCACCGUUGGAACGGCAUGCCUGUCUCGAAGCACGAGCGAGCUUACGACAUGCUUCUACAAGGCUUCCAUCCCGUCCGAUGCGGAUACUUGGCCGACCUCUUGCUCGACGUCGCCGACUUGGCGAUGCGCAAACUCAUCAAGAAGUUUGCCAUUCCCGUGUCACGCAGUGCGGAAGCGAUCGUUAUUCCCGACCCCACCGGUACCCUGGAGGAGGACGAGAUGCAGUUCAACUUUAGCGGUGAUGGUGUCCAGGACCCGGAGGACUCCCUUUGGCGCCACCACGUUCCGGAAGGAGACGUGCUGGUCACUCGCCAUCCGUGUUUGCUGCCGACCGACGUCCGCAAGGUUCGAGCCGUCUUCCGACGCGAGCUCGCCAUGUACAAGGACGUGGUCGUCUUUUCGACCAAAGGACAGCGACCGCUCGCCUCGCUACUCAGUGGUGGCGACUACGACGGCGACCUGAUCCGCGUGUUUUGGGAGCCGAAGCUGGUCGAGCCUUUCGAGAACGCCGAUGUGCGCUACGCCGACUGCCCUUUCCCGAUCGAGGACGUCUUUGAGCGAUCCGAUAGGACGGUGGCCGAGUUUGUCGCGGAGCAUGCCGACAAAGGGAUCGACGAGCGGGAUCGCGCGCUGAUCAAGGAGCUCGUCGCGGGUGCAUUCCAACCUGCUGUGCAAGGCCUCUACGGAGCGAUGCACCUGUACGCGGCGUGGCAAUUUGGUACACACAGUAAAGAGUCGGUGGACCUGGCACAUAAGUUCUGCCAGUGCAUGGAUAGCGCCAAGACGGGUCUGUCGAUCAAUCCGAGGAUCCGUAUGCAAGACUCCAAGAACUACCUCGGCGAUCUACCCGAGUGGGGCUACGAUGCCGUGGACGAAUCGGACCCAAAGGACUGGUUCGCCUUGGAGGAUCGCCACAAGAAUGUCGGCACGGUCAAGAACCAGCAGAAGCCCGACUCGGUGCUGUGCCGGUUGUGGGAAGAAGGCAAGAUCGAGGUAGGGCUGUUGAAAGCGCGGAUGCUCAAGCAAGUAGAAGGGCUGCGAGGCGUCGAAGACCAGGACAUCACACGCGCAUGGAGCCAGGCGUCGAGCCUGCGUUGCAUCCCAGAGGACGUGCUUAAGGCUAUUCGAACGCACGUCAGCAUCGUGGAACAGAGCUACGCGCAGACGAACGCACGAACCCGCCGCGAGAUCGAGAGUCGCUCCCGCGAGGCACGCAAGGGUGCAACGGCGGCCAAGAGCAAGAGCAAGAAGGAGGAGCGACAAUUGGGCAGCGUGCCGCUGCGAAGGGUACGCUCGGAGGCAGCAAGCUCUGUGGUCAUGGACCGACUCGAGACCACCGACGGACAACGAGCUGGCGGCAACAGUGGAGCCGUCGACGAUCUCAACAGAGAUGAUCUAUUGAACCGGCUCGACGGCACGAUCGAAGUGCCGGUCACUCUAGGCUCGGCGAGCGAGGUGGCAGCUCGGUUCUGCCAAUGGCCCAAGGGUAUCGUCAAGGAGCACAUGAGCAAGAUGAGCGACGAGCAGAUCGAGUACCUUGAGAAGUUGCGCGCAUCGUACGCCUACUCAAUCACCUAUUGCCACAAGCCGCGAUUCGCAUUCGAGAUGGCGUGGGAAUGGAUCAUGGACUUGAAGGCGAAGGCGACGGGCAAGAAGCAAGCGCACGGCUCUGGUAGAGUCUCUUUGCCGACCGCGAGCUACGAUCUGCUGGCAGCUCGUACCAGAAUCAUCAAGCGCAACGUCGAAAUGCUGCAAGGUCGAGGUGUCGAGAUCGAUCAUCCAUGA